AUGGAUCAAGGAAAUGACACUCAACUUUCAGAAUUCCUUCUUCUUGCAUUUUCAGAGAAUCAACCUCAAAUUCAACCUCUCAUAUUUGGACUUUUUCUCUCCAUGUACCUCGUGACUGUCUUUGGCAACUCACUCAUCAUCAUGGCCAUCAUUGUAGACUCCCACCUGCACACGCCCAUGUACAUCUUCCUCUCCAAUCUGUCCUUUGUAGACAUCUGCUUCACCUCCACCACAGUCCCACAGAUGUUGGUGAACAUCCAGAUACAGAGCACAGUUAUCGUCUAUGUGAACUGCAUCACUCAGGUGUACUUCUUACUACUUUUUUCAGUACUGGACAUCUUUCUGCUGACUGUGAUGGCCUAUGACCGCUAUGUGGCUAUCUGCCACCCCCUACACUACAUGGUCAUCAUGAAUACAAGACGCUGUGGGUUACUGAUUCUAGCAUGCUGGAUCAUAAGUGUUCUGAAUGCCUUGUUACACAGCUUUUUGGUUCUGCGGUUGUCAUUCUGUGCAGACCUGAAAAUCCCUCACUUUUACUGUGAACUUGAUCAUGUGGUACACCAUGCCUGUUCUGAUACUUCUCUUAAUGACAUAGUGAUUUAUAUUGCAGCCAUGUUCUUGGCUGUGGGCCCCCUGUCCGGCAUCCUUUACUCUUACUCCAGGAUAGUAUCCUCCAUACGUGCAAUCUCCUCAGCUCAGGGGAAGUACAAAGCAUUUUCCACUUGUGCAUCUCACCUCUCUGUUGUCUCUUUAUUUUAUUGCACCCUCCUGGGAGUGUACCUCAGUUCUGCAGUGUCCCAAAACCCCCAUGCCACUGCAGUGGCUUCGUUGAUGUAUACUGUGGUCACCCCCAUGCUUAACCCAUUCAUCUAUAGUCUAAGGAACAAUGAUAUGAAGAAGGCUCUGAAACUACUUUUAGGGAGAGUGACCAGAAACCGACCAAUAGACUUGCCUUCAUAG